AUGACAGCGACACCAUCCAAUUAUGUAACAUGUACUAUGGCAGCGCGAAUAUUCCAGUUGGUUGGAGCUUGCAACAACUACCCUUGGGGCAAACACGGCAACGAAUCGCUUGCUGCCCGUCUCUGCUCAAAGACCGACCGAAACUUCACCAUCAGUUCCGACACUCCCUACUCCGAGCUUUGGUUUGGCGACUACCAUACCAACCCAGCUCGUGUCCUUACCACAGGCGAGCCCCUGAACCAUGUCCUCUCCGAAAACAAAGACACUCUCCUCGGGCGCAAAGUAAUCACCCAACUGGGCAGCCAACUGCCCUUCCUCCCAAAGAUCCUCUCCAUCGCCAAAGCCCUUCCCCUCCAACUUCACCCCGACAAGCGCAUCUCCUCCCUCCUCCACUCCAAGUACCCUGUCCACUUCCAGGACCCUAACCACAAACCCGAGAUCGCCAUCGCACUCUCCCGCUUCGAGCUCUUCGCCGGAUGGAAACCCCUCUCCCACAUCACAGAGCUCUUCUCCCUCCCCGCACUACGCCCCUUCGUCCCUGUGACGCAUGACCCCGGGCGCCCGUUCACUGAGGGCACCUUACGAUCCUUGACUCGAAACAUCCUCACUGCCCCAGGGGAAGACCUCCGCUUUGCCCUGUCCCAGCUCAAGCACGCGCCAAAAUCUCUCCUAGGGGAAUCAGCCUACAUCCGGACGCUUCUCCCCCGACUAGAAGAACAGUAUUCCCCCACCGACCCAGGCAUUCUCGUCUCGCUGACUUGUCUCAAUUACUUCACACUCUCCCCCGGUGAAGCGGUAUUUAUUCCUGCAAACGGCAUCCACGCCUACUUAUCCGGCGACGUGCUGGAGUGCAUGGCGCGGAGUGAUAACGUGCUGAAUGCGGGGUUUUGUCCAGAAGAGGAGCGUGAUGACGUAGAUAUAUUUGUUAACGCAUUGUUGAUAGAGGGUCAGGGGCCGGGUGAUAUCAAGUUGAAAGUCAAGGAGAAAGCGACGGAGGGGGAGGGGGCGCGCGUGGUGAGGUAUCGGCCGCCGGGGGUUGAGGAAUUUGAGGUGUGGAGGAUUGAGUUGGGGGAAAAUGCUGAGGGGGAGAUGGAGGGGGGUGAUGGGCCGGGGAUUAUGAUCGUUGUGAGGGGAGCAGGAAAGAUGGAGGCUGAGGGAAAGCUCGUGGAUGUCGAAGAGGGGGCGAUAUGGGUUCAGCAUAUUCUCUCGGCCCUCCUUUUCACCCCCUUCACCCUCUCAUCCUCCAUCCAACCCUCCCAAUGUGCCCGUGGUGGCGCACCACCACACCUAAGCUUCCCAACCUCCCACACUGUUCCCGCCCCCAACAACCCAGCCUCCUGGCUCCCCUGGACACAUCCCCCUCGCUGCAUCGAGUCCUCCGAAACACCCUACUGCGUUUACACCGCCGCCCAUCUCCCGCCCUACUCCCGCCAUGGCAUAUCAGUUCUCACAACCCCCGAGCUAGCCUCUUCCUCAGCCCUCAAUCCCUUUCACAGUCUCCACGAUCUCAACGAUGACCCAGCACAUUUCUUUGCGCCCGAGAAGCUGGAGUACCCUCCGCCGUAUGAGGUGCGUGAGGUACCUGGGAAGGGGCUGGGGUUGGUAGCGACCAGGAAGAUCCCAAAGGGGAAGGCAAUCAUGAUAGAUUAUGCGUCCGUUCUGGCAAAUGUGGAGUACCCAGCGGAUGUGAUGCGCGAGGAUGUGCAAGAUUUGUUGGAGUUGGCAGUUGAUCAGCUGCCAGAGCCGAAGAGCGUGAGGGGGCUGGCGAUUCAGGGGAAGGAGGGAGUUGGGUUUGUGGAGGAUGUGAUGUUGACAAAUAGCUUUGGGGUUGCGGUUGGGGGACGAGAGGUAAUGGCGCUGUUUACAAACUUAGCGAGGAUCAACCACAACUGCCGGCCCAAUGCCUUCAUUCACUUCUCCGACACCACGCUUGCCAUGACGCUUUGGUCGGCAAGGGAGAUCCAACCAGGAGAGGAGAUUACCAUCACCUAUUCCCCGGCAGGAAGAACUUCCAAGGAACGGCAAAGGAUGCUCAAGAGUACAUGGGGCUUUGAAUGCCACUGUGAACUAUGCACCUCACCUCCAGAGGUAGUCAAUGCCUCCGAUGCCAACUUGCUUGAGAUUCGGCGUUUGCAGAAUGAAGUUCUCAAGCUAGCCCAGAACGGCUCCUUCCAGGAGGCUGUUCAGGGCGCUGAGAAGAUGUUUGACCUCAUUGCAGUCGAGCAGCUGACCGAGCACAUGGCCGAUUUGUACGAGACAGCCGGCCGGCUGUAUUACCAUGCCGGGAACCUUGAGAAGGCCCUUGAGUACUCUCUCAAGGUCAAGCAUGAGAUUGUUGGAUGGGGCGUGCCGGGUCCGUUUGGGCGCGACAAGCUGAAGAUGAUGGACAACGUGAUCAAGAGGAUCGAGAGGGAGCUUGGUGAGCAGAAGAAGGCUGAGGAAGAAGAAAGGAAGAAGAAAGAAAAGGAGGUGAAGGGCGAGAAGAAUGAGGAAACGAAAGAAGAAAAGUUGAGGGGGGAGGAGCCAAAAGAGGAGAAGGAGCCUCAGCAGAAGACACAGGAUAAUCAGGAGGAAAGUUGA